CGUGUUCUUACUCUGGUGUUGGCCGGCCGUGGAGAUGGCGGAGAUGGAGACUCAGAACGCCGGUGCCCAGGACGGCUUUACCCAGGUCACCCGCAAGGGUGGCCGGCGGGCGAAGAAGCGACGGGCUGAGCAGCUGUCCUCCGCGGGCGAGGACGGAGGCGCCGGGCGCAUGGACACAGAAGAGAGCCGGCCAGCCAAGAGGCCUGUCUUCCCUCCCCUGGCCGGGGACGGAUUCCUGAGCGGGAAAGAAGAAACACGGAAGAUUUCAGUCCCAGCUAAUAGAUACACACCCCUAAAAGAAAACUGGAUGAAGAUAUUUACUCCUAUUGUAGAACAUUUGGGACUUCAGAUACGCUUUAACUUGAAAUCAAGAAACGUAGAAAUCAGAACUUGUAAGGAAACCAAGGAUGUUAGUGCUCUGACAAAAGCAGCUGAUUUUGUGAAGGCCUUUAUUCUUGGGUUUCAAGUGGAGGAUGCACUUGCCCUCAUCAGGCUGGAUGAUCUCUUUCUAGAGACUUUUGAAAUUACAGAUGUUAAGCCCCUCAAAGGAGACCAUCUGUCAAGGGCAAUAGGAAGAAUCGCUGGCAAAGGAGGAAAAACCAAAUUCACCAUAGAGAACGUGACACGGACACGGAUAGUUUUGGCUGAUGUGAAAGUUCACAUCCUUGGAUCUUUCCAAAACAUCAAAAUGGCAAGAACUGCCAUUUGCAAUCUCAUCCUGGGAAAUCCUCCAUCAAAGGUUUAUGGCAAUAUUCGAGCUGUGGCUAGCAGAUCAGCAGACCGAUUUUGAUUUCAUAUUAGAGACUUUUUAUCUUUGGACUUCAAAGAAAAAGCCCAGUGAAGCUGCGGCUAAAGUGGUAGAGAGUUACCUUUGAGCAAAAAAGCUCAGGGACAGUGCCCAGGCCCUGAGUUCAAGCCCCAGGACCAACAACAAAAGCCCUGACGUUCUGCAAAUGUCCAUACAAAACCAUGUGGAGAAUGUUUCAGUCACAUUUAAGCUUGGGUCCCUUCCUCCAUUCUCAGUCAGAAGCAUAAACAGAAAGAGAAGGUUUAGGAGUAUUCACAUUCAACAGCUUAUAGAAUAAACAUCAAAAUCGAAUACGAUUGUACGUUAAGUAUAAUUUAACAUGUUUCUCACUUUAAAUCGCAUGUAGAUUUGCAGUUUAAAAUCCUCCCAUUUAUAGCAAACUUCUUGUUUAAAUCUUUCUUAUGAACUUUGAAUCUUAUAAAUUUGUAAACAGUUGUGCCCUGUAAAUUGUAAUUAAAAGAACUGUCUCAGGAAACUUAGGAAGCAUAACCCUAGUUAAUUCCAACAUUAGGUGAUUAUAUAAUCAGGUCAUAAGCAGAAGCUUUGGCUAUGAACCAACCAGUAAGUACUGAUCAUUGGGUUUAUUUCUUUGUAAAAUGGAAGACUUUGUAUUGUAAUGUUGAUAGGAGGAAAGGUUUAUUUUUUAAAUAAGUAUUCAUGAAAGUACUCACACAUUACAAAUUUGGGUAUAUUUCUCCUCAUGACUAGUGCCUGCCUAUUUAAAUAUGUGAUUAUUUUUAGAAUGGAAGAAAUCAAGCUUAUUAAAUGUGGUUUGAUACUGUAUUCUCUUGUACAUCUUAAAAACCCUAAUCAAACUUUUAAUAAUGGGAGUUUCAAGAAAAUUCAGAAGAACUAAAUGAAAAAAAGUACUUUUUUAAUAAGCCUCUACUUCCUCUACAUUAGUGACGUGUGUUACUGUCCCAAGCUGUUUUGUACAUUGCAUGGGAUUAGGUAUACUUACACACUAUAAGGUCCUCCAAAGGAUGGCGAGGUAGGCUCCUCCCUUCUUGGCUAUGUCUCCGCCCAGUACCUAUGGCACCUAGGUCACUGGCAAACCUGGAAGUCACAUCAUCUGGUGUGGCCACACCUUCCCUCACCUUCUCCCUGUCCUUUCCCUACUUAAACCCAGGUCUGACCUCAGCCCACCCAUUUUGGCCAUGCCUCUGCACCAUGCAGUGGGGGCUAACAGUUUGUUAAAGUAAACUUCUCUUCCUGCCUGAAUACUGCAGGUUCUCUUCUAUCUGCUACCUAAUUAAACCUACCUACUUUACACAUACCAACUGCAAAUGCAACUGAAAAUCACUGAAAAUAGCUCUCCAAAGAAGUGACUUCACUUUGGCAACACAACAGUAUGGGGAGAGUGUAUAAUGUUACUGAAUUCCUUUACUAAUGUUGAAAUGUGGAAUGUGCUGUGACUUAUUCUGGAUUCAGUAGCACUGGCCCAUUGCCACUCUGCAGAGAAAGAUGCAUUCAAAAUCAUGAUGGCUAUUAGUAUAUGCUUUUUUGUGACAUGAGAUCCACAAGAUCUCAUCUAAUUGGGUUUUCAAAGCAGUUGUGCUAAAGUGAACCACUGCUAGGUAAGUAAAUGUUUUGGGUUGAUUUCUAAGAAACUGAGGCAGACCAUAAUUUUGAGGAAGGAAGUCUGUCAAGGAGAAAUGAUGUUUGGUUAUUGAUUGAAUUUACUGUCUUGAAGAUGUAUUAAAACUAUAAUUAAUUUGCCCUUCUCUGAGGAAGUAAUACUUUGAAAGGAAGACAGAAAACAAGGGACUUGACUAAUUCCUGGAAGGGAAUGAAUGGAGAAGGAACAGAGGUAACAAAUUGAACUAUAGCACACUGGUAGUUCUUAACAAUCGGUAUUAAUCACUUCUUUAAACCCUUGUGGCAAGUCACUAAACUAGUGCCACAAUCAUGCUUUUGUGUCUGCCUAAUCCUCUGGAAACUCAACUCCUGACAUAUCAGUUUACAUAUUUAUUAAUACAUUGUCUUGGGAAUAGGCCUGCAAGAGGAGUGCUUUCAUACAUGGCUAUGGGAGGAGACAAAAUUUCCUCAUUAUUCCAGGUCUAGCCUCCAACUCAUGCUCCCUAUGUCGUCAUGGGAGGGAACAAAGUGUCAAGUGCAAGGGGAGACCUAAUUUUCCUGGUAAGAGUUGUGCAAGUAUACAGUGACAACAGACAUAAAACACUACAACUUGGAAGAUCCUUAUAUUGUGCAAACACUGAUUACUUACUUGAUUGAAGAAAAUAGUCCUCUGGAGGCUUGAGAGAGCAAGAACUCACCAAUCUUACCUGGUUAAUGACCAAGGAAGCAAACACCCCAGUACUAUUGAGCAUCUUUUCUUGUGUUUUGAGCCAUUUGUUAUUUCUUCGCAAUAAUGUCAAGUCCCUUUGCCUGUAUUUUAAUGUUUAAUGUUUUGUUGCUGUUGAGUCUUGGUUCUUUAUAUGUAAUCUGAAUAUCAUCGCCUCAUCAGAACAUGGCAAGUA